AUGGAAGACAGUUUCUUCCAGGCUGUUGAAUGGCUGGAUAUCUGCGGCCGCAACGGGAUUACCCUCAAUCCUAGGAAAUUUCCGUUCGGUGCGGAUAUCGUCAAAUUCGCUGGCUUUGAGAUCAUCCCUGACAGCGUUCGCCCAUAUGAGAAGUACUUACGAGCUAUCCUUGACUUCCCAACGCCCAACGGCAUCACAGACGUGCGCUCCUGGUUUGGCCUUGUCAAUCAAGUGUCCUACGCCUUCAGUAUGGCUGAGAUGCUCCCAUUUCGUGACCUCUUGAAGCCCAACACACCCUUCAUAUGGACUACAGCCCUCCAGACAGCUUUCGAUGAGUCCAAAGCCACCAUUGCCAGCGAGAUUGAAGAAGGCGUGCACAUUUUUGAUCCAGACAAACCCACCUGCCUCGCAACGGACUGGUCCAAGAAUGGCAUCGGAUUCUGGCUCCUACAAAAACAGUGCAGCUGCAAAAACACAACUCCUCUGCUGCAAUACGGGCUGGAAGAUCACCCUUGUUGGGAGCAGAUUCACCCAUGCCGCUGA